AUGGCCAUGUCAUACCUGUUCACCGCGCCGACUAGCUGCUUCGCCAGACCAAGAAAAUCUUUGCGUGAUCUUUCCUCACGGUUGGGUUCUCAAAGUUUUCUUGAAUGGGAGUUACUUGGAAAAGCUGCGUGUGAAAAAAGAGGUGGUGGGCAGAUAGGAAAAAAUAGCUUGACUGUGUUCUGCCAGCAAGGGGUUGUAUCCGUUGCUCGCAAGGACGAGGCAGUGAGUCAGAGUUUUGAUGGCAGUACUGCACAAUUGAAUAUCGUAAUGAAGUUCGGAGGCUCCUCAGUCGCAUCGGCUGAGAGGAUGAGGGAGGUUGCUGAUCUCAUCCUUAGUUUUCCUAAUGAAUGCCCAAUAAUUGUUCUCUCUGCCAUGGGAAAAACCACAAACAAGCUCCUUCUGGUACGUACUAAUCUUUUUCGGACCACGAACGUGUUAAUUCCAGUCUCUACAGACAUGUUAGCUACUAUCUGGACUUAAAGGGAUUGUUUUUAUUAGGCCGGAGAAAAGGCCGUUGGAUGCGGUAUUUCUCAUGUUUCAGAAAUGGACGAACUAAGCUUUGUUAAAGAACUGCAUCUUAAGUAAGUGUUUAUAUAGUGUUCUGCUUCGUUAUCUAUGCGCUUCUGAUUUUUUUGAGUAUUGAUGUGUUCCCCUGUAUGCAGAACAGUUGAUGAACUUGCGGUAGACCGGUUAAUCGUCUCUGGUUGGUGACCUCCGCCUGUGUUUCCUCCGUUCAUCGUAGUCUUGUGCUUCUGUCUGGAACUAAUUUCGUUGCUGUGUUGAAGUUUGCUUCCAUACACCUGUGCGAAAGUGAUUGCAUCUCUAUAUCAGAUAUCGCACAUCUGUCUAAAUUAGUAAACUGUAGUCUUUUCACAAGUGUCCAUUUUAUAUGUAUAUCAUCUUUCUCGGAACCCAGGGGAUUAGAUCAUUCUCUUCUGUAUUCAAGAGGACGAUGAUUUUGAGAAUUUGGAAACAAGGGUUACUUUUAGUGCCGAAGGAUAUUUUCUCAGUUUAAAAGAAACUCAUGAAAGGCACCUUUAAAGUGAUUGGUGGGGUCAUAAAGCAGGUCCACGGGAAAUGAUGAGAUCCAUAUAAACGAGAAUGCAUAGAGAACUGGGUCUUUCCUUGAGAAAACCACUCAAAGUAGAAAGUUUCUUCUUUCCUACAUCAACAUUCAUCUAGAGGUGUGGUGUAGAAUGUUGGAAGUCCUCCCGGUUUUUGAGUUUACGUUUCACAAGAUGCAAGAUGGAAUCUGAAUUCUCCUAAAUGAUCGACUGAUCCUCUUCUGUCCAACAUGCCAGUCUAGGCACUCGGUGACACCGUAUGGUUAGUCAUUUAAUUGACUCGCACAGUUCUUUCUCUAUGUGCCUGAUUGUUCGUUUUAUGUCUUUCAAGUUGCUAGUUUGUAGCUAAAUUUUCAUAAGAUGAAGCUGCUUGGAACUUAUAUAUUCCAAGUGGUUCAAAUUAAUCACGUGUUGUGAUGAAGUACCAUGCAUAUUCAUUUUUUCCCCUUCUGCAAAAACUUAUUCUUCCGCGCUAGUCACAGCUGCAUGCUACGCAUGUGACCCAUUGUGUCGUUUCCUUGAUUAUCUAAUAUCCAGCCGCAUGUGAUUGGCUGCCCACACGUAGGGAAGCCUAUUGCCCUCCAUCAUGGUCUCCAUGUCAGGAGUAUGUCAUACAGCUUUUUGUUGUGAUACAUGUGCCCUCCUUGCCAGUGGUUCUUUCGCAUGAAUGGCCUUCACUGUUGAUGCGUCGUGUGAUUUAUCCGGUUGUAAAUUUCAUGGACUUCCACAGGAAGAUUGGGUCUGAAUGUAUACUCAUAUUUCCUUAGUUCCGUUCCACGAAACUUGUCUGUUGAUGAGUGUUUUCUCUGUUCUUAUUUUAUUCUCUCUUCUAAACUUUUCAGGCCUAUUAGAUGAGCUCGAGCAGCUUCUUAAAGGAAUUGCUAUGAUGAAAGAGCUCACUCUUCGUACGAAAGACUAUUUAGUUUCCUUUGGAGAGUGCAUGUCUACAAGGAUUUUUGCAGCUUACCUUAAUAAAAUUGGAGCUAAAGCCCGUCAGGUACACCAAUUAAGUAUUUUAAUUGUGACAAUCAAAAGUCGAUUGUACGUCAGGUACACCAAAUACUUCUGCAUGUGGUGUGGUGUUCUUAUUCAUUGAUUUGAUGCAUAGUUUUCAAAAUAGUACUGAAAAAAUCUACCAAGAAGAAGCUGUAUUUGUGAUCUUCCUGUUGAACAGAAAUUUUACCUUCAAAUAAUUUCGCAUUUCCUUAAUGCAUGGCUGUCUGGAUUGAUUUUGCCAGUUUCUAGUGUUCUGCACUAAUGAAGCAAACUAACUGCCUCUAAAGCUUUAAAUUAACCCUGCCUAAUGCUCCGAUAUAAGUAUCAUGGAAAAUUUUCUCAUUCCAGUUGAUGGAAAGUCAAACCUGUUUUAGAUUCAACGUGGGAAACCUGAUCCCGUUGGAAAAUAAUUGGAAGAAUGGAAACAUUACCUCGUGGAAUUGGCCACAUUUGUCUUGAAGUUGGCUUUUGUCUGAUUUGGUUUGAUCCCAAUAGGUACAGGGCCUUUGGUUUGACAAGACUCUUUAGAAGGGCAUUUUAUGGACUCACCAGCAUUUUUGCUUGAGAUGGCGACCAGAUGCCAUCUGUGGCCGAUUAUUAAUUUACAGUUUGACAACACUACUCAGUGGUCCAUUUUCGGUGUCAACAUCAUCCUCACUUUAACCGGUAUUUUUGAUACAAUUUUUGGCUAAUAAUUUUCAGUCUGUAACUGAGAGUUAAGCAAAACUUUUGGAUCAUUGCUCACAACCUGGAAAGGAUCUCUAAGUAGAAAGUCAAAAUUUUGGAUUCUUUUUUUUACUAGGGAAUGUGUACAAGUAUGCUGAACUACGAUUCUAUCAUGCAAAAAGGACAAUUUUGUCCAUGUGCAUUGCAGUCAUAUUUUCAUGGCGUAUGAAUCUUAAAUCUGUUGAAUCUAGGAUUUCGAGGUUGAGGUGUCUGUAUGAUUAUUAAUUAUUUUCAUCGCAGUCAUAUUUUCAUUGAUAGAAAACAUACUCUAUCAAUGAAUUAAAUUAUUAAUUAUAAUAGCACUAGUUGACAUUAAUUGUGUAAUCUCAUAGUUGAUGAUUUAUAAAUUUCUGUCAAGACUUUUAUUAAGUUGAUCCUUACUCGUUUUCGUCCAACCGUCUGCAGUAUGAUGCAUUUGAUAUUGGAUUUAUAACCACAGACGACUUCACAAAUGCUGACAUCCUAGAAGCAACUUACCCAGCCGUUGCAAAGAGGUUGCAUGGAGAUUGGAUUAGAGAUCCUGCUAUUCCUGUGGUCACAGGUUUCCUUGGAAAGGUCCUUGCUGGCAAAUCUAAAUCUCUGGCGAGUGUUAUGCAUCUGCAAUUUUCAGCCAGUCAUUGAAGUUCGUCCUGUGUCAUGCAGGGUUGGAAAUCUUGUGCUGUGACAACAUUAGGCAGGGGAGGAAGUGACCUUACAGCAACAACCAUUGGCAAAGCCCUGGGAUUGAGGGAGAUACAGGUGACACCCACUCUGGCCAGAUUUAUGUUGGUUGUGUUAUUCUGCAUCCUCGUGCAUGAAAAUACAUCUCUGACUUACUAUUAUGCUCAUUAGAUGAAUUUAACCUUCGAAUAAUAAAAGCUGAAUUUUCUCAAUCCCCGUGUGCUUUGUUUCUUUAUUAAUGGCCAUCUUCACAGAUUUUUGGUGUAAUAUCCUGGAAAUCUUAUGUGAUUUAAAAUUUGUGACGUGUAUCAGGUUUGGAAAGAUGUUGACGGGGUUUUGACGUGUGACCCUAACAUCCAUCCAAAAGCAGAGCCUGUACCACAUCUGACAUUUGACGAGGCCGCUGAACUUGCGUAUUUUGGUGCACAGGUACCGUAUGAUUCCAGUCGUUACUACUUGAGAAUACAUGAUGUGUUAUGCAUCUCUGAUGAUGAAAAGCUUGCUUCAAAUUAUCCCGCUAUUAUCUUUUCUUUUGUUCUGAAUUUUCUUUUCAUACACGAAAUUUUAUCUAUUAGGAGUACAGGGAAAGCGUUAUUUCUUUCAGUCCAAGGUCAGAUAAGUGUUCUGCAGAAUAAAAAUAGCUAUUCAAAAGGGAAAUAACCGGCCUUGCAAUGUUUUUCACAAACCCUAAACUUUGACUUGUGGGGCUACGGCAGGGCCCAACUUCAUCGCUGACUCCUGCUUAGUUAAUAAAAAAUAAAAAAUAAAAAAGGUCACAGAUGCUAAUGGAACAUAUACCUGAUAAGGAUGGAUGAACCGUAGUUUUUAAGAUGUCUUCUAGGUUUUACUAAAGCUAGGCUUCGCCGAAGUGCCAUCUUGUCACAGAAGCAACAAGGUGAUGGAUGGCUGCCCUGGUUGCAUUGAAAAAUCUUUGGCUCUUCCAUGCCCUUUUCACAUUGGCUACAACUCCCUGCUUUGUAUAAAAUGGAUUUUACCUGUCAAAUCUGUCUUUGAGCUCAUCUCAUCCGGCCUAAGGAAAUAUGACGGCACGAGUGGAUCCUGCUUGCAAACCUGCACUGCAUAGCUCCCGGCGCUUUGUUUCAGGCUGUGAUGCAAUGUAAUUUUUCUAAUCGCAGGUUUUGCAUCCUCAAUCCAUGAGACCCGCUAGAGAAGGCGAUGUGCCAGUUAGGGUAAAGAAUUCGUACAACCGCCAAGCUCCGGGUACUCUCAUCACAAGAUCCAGAGAUAUGAGUAAGGUUGACGAACAGAUUCAAUCCCUUGGCUUGCUGGGGCGAACCGCUUCCGGUGUGAAGCUGACUUUCCGUUUAUUUUCAGGCCUUGUUGACUAGCAUAGUCUUGAAACAAAAUAUCACAUUGCUGGAUAUUGUGAGCACUCGAAUGCUCGGGCAGUAUGGGUUCCUUGCGAAGGUAUGAUCUUCCGUCCACUCACUGACUAACUAACUAACUAGUCCGGUAAUCUUGGUGAGGAGUUUGGGAAAUAUUCUCUCGUUCAAUCAAAGAGAAGAGAUUUUUGAUUGCUUUUUCUGUGCAGGUUUUCUCAAUAUUCGAGGACUUGGGGAUUUCGGUUGACUCGGUUGCUACCAGUGAAGUCAGCAUUUCGUUAACGUUGGAUCCCUCCAAGAUCUGGAGCAGAGAGCUCAUUCAGCAGGCAAGAUAGCUACUUACCUCGUCUUUUCUGUCGGUUCUACUGCUCACUGAGGAUACCUGUGAUUCGCCCAGCUUCUGUUUCCUUAAAGAGAAGACAAAAACUCUUGAAGAGAUAGAGAGAGAAACAGAGGACCUGAACGGAGUGAUGCAAGAACUAAUUUUUUAUGAUUAAUUAUGGUACAAAGGUCUCAUGAGUUCAGGGUUCAUACGAAGAACAGGGUCGGCCUUUUUAUUCUGUCAGUGAUAAAAAUGAGCCCAUGCUUUGUUUAACGACUUGCUGAGUCUCGCGGAUGAAUCUGCUCCAGCAGGAACUCGAUCACGUCGUGGAGGAGCUGGAGAAGAUCUCGGUGGUGAACCUCCUUCAGGGUAGAUCGAUCAUUUCCCUCAUUGGGAAUGUCCAGCGUUCCUCCCUGAUCCUGGAAAGGGUGUGUAUUAUAUAAACUCUCUCUCUAUCUCUCUCUCUCUCUCUCUCUCUUUCUCUCUCUUUCUCACCACGUUUCGUGCCCGUCAUGACAGGCCUUCAAUGUUCUGAGAAAGAACGGGGUUAACGUCCAGAUGAUUUCUCAAGGAGCCUCCAAGGUAUUAGAAUUACCCAGUCUGAGCUUAUCUCUCUCUCUCUCUCUCUCUCUCUGAUAGAUGAUCUGCUGCUGCUCGUUUCGUCGCAGGUGAAUAUUUCCCUCGUGGUGAACGACAGCGAGGCGAAGCAAGCGGUGGCGGCACUUCACGAGGCCUUCUUCGAGGACGGCUUCAACGCCGAGAUCCAGUCCGACGACGGCCAGUCGCAGAACGGGUCCGGCGUGCUUCCCUACAAUUGA